CGUCACGGUGUGCGUCGGGUGUGGGCCGUCGCAGCCGCUGCUCUGGCUUCCUCCAUGUUGCCUUGUUAAACAGCCUCGGCCGGUUGUCACCUGUGUCCGGAGGGAGCCCUACCCGGAGACAGCAGCUGUCAUCCCGUCCGCCGCUCUACAUGUGUCUCUCCGUGCGCUGGGAGGGCGGCUGCCGAGAGCCAGUGGCGGAGCGUUCCCUGUGAUGCCUCCCUCAGCUGCUACCGCCGCAACCACUAUGAUCUCCUAGAAAGCCGGAGCUUCCACGGACCGUCUCCCGCCCAGACAUCCUCGCCCUGGCAUGUCCGCCUGUGUCAGCGACAUUAUUCCGUACGGAGGGAGCUCCGCUCUCCGCGGGUAAUAGGAACGUGCAGCUACCGGACUCUACCCACCUUCCCCCCCUCCCCCAUCAACACUCCCUCCGAGAUCCACAUCUCAUCACCGGACACUAGAAGUGCCAGGCUCUCCCUCCCGCCCGCAACCAUGGCCUGGGCUCUGAAGCUUCCCCUGGCAGAUGAGGUGAUAGAAUCCGGACUGGUACAGGACUUCGAUGCCAGCUUGUCUGGGAUAGGGCAGGAGCUGGGUGCUGGCGCCUACAGUAUGAGUGAUGUCCUCGCCCUGCCUAUUUUCAAGCAAGAAGAGUCCAGUUUGCCUUCUGAAAAUGAAAACAAGAUUCUACCUUUUCAGUAUGUGCUGUGUACAGCUACCUCCCCCGCGGUGAAGCUUCACGAAGAGACCCUCACCUAUCUCAACCAAGGUCAGUCUUACGAAAUCAGGAUGUUGGACAAUAGAAAACUUGGAGAAUUACCAGAAUUAACUGGCAAAUUAGUUAAGAGCAUCUUUCGGGUGGUGUUCCAUGACCGGCGUCUGCAGUACACAGAGCACCAGCAGCUGGAAGGCUGGAGGUGGAACAGGCCUGGAGACAGAAUACUUGACAUUGAUAUUCCAAUGUCUGUGGGUAUUAUUGACCCGCGAGCAAAUCCUACACAGCUUAAUACUGUUGAAUUUCUCUGGGAUCCCUCAAAGAGGACAUCUGUGUUUAUCCAAGUACACUGUAUUAGUACAGAGUUUACCAUGAGGAAGCAUGGGGGUGAAAAAGGUGUUCCCUUCCGAAUUCAGAUAGAUACCUUCAAAGAGAAUGAAAAUGGAGAGUACACAGAACACCUGCAUUCAGCCAGCUGUCAGAUUAAAGUCUUCAAGCCAAAAGGAGCAGAUCGAAAACAGAAAACUGACCGAGAAAAGAUGGAGAAAAGAACCCCACAAGAGAAGGAAAAAUAUCAGCCAUCUUAUGAAACGACUAUCCUCACAGAGUGCUCUCCGUGGCCAGAGAUUGCAUAUGUGUCAAAUGCUCCCUCUCCUGGGUUUAACAGUUCACAUAACAGUUUUACAAUUGGGGAAAGUAAUGGUUCUCCAAACCAUCAGCCAGAGCCCCCGGCACCAAUCGUUGAUGUAAGUUCCGCAUUGACACCCAUACAGGAGGUGGAACCUAUCUCUCAUGUGACCGUCCUGGAGGAUUCCUGGAAAGGGAGUUAUCAGAACCUCUUGCCUACAUCAACCCCUCAGGAGGCACAACAGUGGCUACAUAGAAAUAGAUUUGCUGCAUUCUCGCGGCUAUUCUCAAAUUUCUCAGGUGCAGAUUUAUUAAAACUAACUAGAGACGAUGUUAUCCAGAUCUGUGGGCCUGCUGAUGGCAUACGGCUAUUCAAUGCACUGAAAGGGAGGGUGGUCCGGCCGAGGCUUACGAUUUAUGUAUGUCAGGAGUCACAACAACUACGUGAGCAUCAGCAACAGAAACAUGAAAAUGGAGAGCAAGGAAAUGGUUCUUUCUAUGUGUAUCAUGCCAUCUACCUGGAGGAGCUCACAUCUCUGGAAUUGACUGAGAAGAUAGCCCAGCUGUUUAACAUUUCUCCUCAUCAGAUUAACCAGAUUUACAAACAGGGGCCCACGGGCAUUCAUGUUCUGAUAAGUGAUGAGAUGAUUCAGAACUUCCAGGAUGAGUCGUGCUUUGUGUUGGAUUCAAUGAAAGCUGAAACAAGUGACAGUUACCACAUUAUCCUAAAAUAAAGUUCCACUUGCAAUCCAGAUUAUUUUGUCGUUGAAGACACAGAUUUCGUCUCUCCGGGCUCUUCAAUGGGCUCCCAAGGCUUGAACGUAUUGGAGACAACUAAAUCUCGCAGUGUUGCCACAUCGCUGGCAAUUUGCUACCCUAAUUUUCUUCCAUUAGAGAACAGUUAUGCUGACCUUGCUUGUGCAGACUGAAGUCACAUUUGUUCUUUGAAACAUACUAGAGCAGUGGUGAGAAGAGACCAUAACAGUUGUUGCCAUGGCUUAUUUAUCAAAUCAGGUUUUGCCUGCACAAACGGUUCCAGAUACCUUGAAAUGAAGUGAACUUUGAAGUGCAUCGCAGACAAAGUAGCACAUUACUUUGUCUCAUACCUUCACUGGUCUCUUCUUUUUAUACUAUAGCAAAGAAGCAUUUUUAGCUGUUCGUGCUGGCUGCAGGAAGAAAGGAAUAUGAUAUUCUUGAAUCAUAUUGGUGUAUGUUAUUGGUCAACCCAUCAAACUGUACUGUCUGAAAGAGAUGGUAAGGGGGGGUUAGUAUUUUUUUAUGUAGCAUGUGUCUUUUUGUAUGAUGCUUUUUGUAACACCAGCCAUCUUUCCUAGCUGUCCCUAUUCUCAAGCCCCUCCCCCCAGAUUUUUACUUGCUUUUUUACAUUUUUUUUUUCUUUUUUUAUUUGCUUGCCACAUGGGGUUAUCAGCCAUUUUUACUUGACUGCUGGACAGGUAAAGGUCCGGUUAAUGAUUUAAGACUUCUUUCAGUGCUGUGUAUCAGUGAUCAUGCUGUUUUGUACUGUAAACUUGAGGCUGGCUCUUCCUCUAUCUGAUCAGAUGUAAAGAGUCAUUCUAGAGUAUAGAACAUGUUUAAGCCAGUCCACCCAAAAGGCCAGGCAUUUUGCAGAAAUAGAGCCUGUGACUUAAGAGUGCCCUGAGAUUACUAGUAUCGAUUUGCUGAUUCGAGAGUAUUACUUUUCAAGAGCACAGUCCCCACUUGUCAGAUUGUGCCAAUCCCAAAGCAGCUUAUGUCUUCAUUUUGUUACUAAUAAACUCAAGGCCAGGUCAAACUGUGCAGUCUUCAACUUCUUGCUCUGUGUUGUACCAUUAUCGGAUAUAAGUUCCUGUAAGCACCCCUUUGCAUGCUAUGGAACUUUAUUGAUGUCUGGGUGUAGAUUUGGUGUAACAUGGCCUGCAUUAAACAGUUAAACUAUUAAAUCUCAUUGGCUAUUUAACUGUAUCCCAUUAUAACUCGCCCCUCUAACUUUUGUAUUCUGACAUUUUACUUUUUUUUUUUUUGUUUUUUACUUUUGAUUCAUUUUUCUUUUUGUAAUCCUGUUUUUGUCAAAUAGUUAUUGUUGCAUUUAUUUUGCAAGAGUUUUGCAAGGCAUUGCUAUUCUGUAUUUACAGAGUCACCUGUGGCAUUCUAGAAGUCUUGUGGGACAGCAAAUACCUCCAAUAAUAAAAACAUUGCUGCCAUUUCAAGAA